CUGCUGCGCUGAGGGGAGGGAGGGAGGGGCCGGGGACGCCGGCGCGUCGGUGCCGACGGUCUCCAGGCGGGAGCGAGGAGGAGGAGAGCUGCUCUGGCGCGUUGUGCAGCCUGCGGGAACAGGCGAAGCGGCCGCCUUCAUCUGCUCCAGCUACAACCUGUUUGCAAGGACGUGACUUAAUGCAAGGCGCAGCAAGUGGAGCAGGUUUCUUUUAAAACCAGACUUUGCUUUUGGAGCUCCAGCAUUCCCCACCUGCAGCCAAGCAAUGAAUUCAUAGCAGAGGGAAGAAAAUCGCUGCAAACACAGAAGAGGAAUGUGCAUCGAGUUCCUUGUACUGUCAGAUUUCUGUCCGUCUCUUCUUGCAACACUGAUUUUUAAGCCCUUUAAGAUAUACCUUUUUGCAGAUUUAAGAAAGCGAUUACAAUACAACUGGGAAAACUGCACUUUAUCAUCUGAAACGGAUAGAACGGAUGGGAAAAAGUACUGCUCACCACUGAGGUCCAUAAACAAGAUUCAUAAACUGCUUUGUUGAAGACAACUAAAGCAGCACAGCCUGGUAUUUACUGCUCCCAGUUUUGGAUGCAGGUGUUUGCAACUCUCGGGUUGCGUGGAUGGGCCAGACUGUGGUUUAGGGGCGUCACCAGUACAUUAACAUCGGUGCCGAUACAGACAGCCAAAUAAAGAAUCCAGACGGAUCUGAAGCACUUGAAAAAUGAGUGUUCUUCUCGUUGAAGCCUUUUAUGGUGGUUCCCACAAACAGCUGAUGGACCUUCUCCAAGAAGAGCUACAGGAUGACUGUGUCCUCUGCACCCUCCCUGCCAAGAAGUGGCAUUGGAAAGCACGGACUGCUGCGCUUUAUUUCAUGCAAACAGUGCCAACAAGUGCUAAUUACAGGGUCCUCUUUGCAAGCUCGGUGCUUAACCUGGCUGAACUCGUUGCCCUCCGGCCUGACCUUGGCAAAUUGAAAAAAGUCCUCUACUUCCAUGAGAAUCAAUUGGCGUAUCCUGUCCAGAAAUGCCAGGAGAGGGAUUUUCAGUAUGGAUACAACCAGGUUCUGUCAUGUUUGGUUGCUGAUGUUGUGGUGUUCAACUCUGCUUUUAAUAUGGAAUCGUUUCUUACCUCCAUUGGAAAAUUUAUGAAGCUGAUUCCUGACCACAGACCUAAGGAUUUGGAAAAAAUAAUCAGACCGAAGUGCCAAGUUCUUUAUUUUCCAGUCAGGUUUCCUGAUGUGAGCAGGUUCAUGCCAGAACAUAAACUUGCCCAUUUGCAAAAGGUAAUUGGUGUUAAAAGAAAUGGAGAUGCUUAUCAAUUGGAGGGUCUGCCCGGCCAGCAGAAGAGCGGAGAUUUAAUGAAAAACAGCAAUGCACAUGGCGAGUCUGGACUUUGUACCCCAGAGCACGAGGGGCUGCCCUCCCCGUCACCAGCACCGGAGAGACCGAACAAGGCCGGGGCAUCGGAAAGUACAAAUCCUUGUCAAGAAGAAGAUAAGCAACAUCUGACUUUUAACCUUUGUAAUAUCAUGAGUGGAUGGGACUCUCAGCAAAGACCUUUACACGUUGCCUGGCCUCACAGGUGGGAACAUGACAAAGAUCCUGAGACUUUCUUUAAAGUCCUGCUGAAACUGAAAGAGAAAGAUCUUCCUUUCCACGUGUCUGUGCUUGGAGAGGCUUUCACUGAAAUUCCAGAUAUCUUUUCAGAGGCCAAAAAAGCGUUGGGAUCUUCUGUCUUGCACUGGGGCUACUUGCCCAGCAAAGACGACUAUUUCCAGGCUCUGUGCAUGGCUGAUGUUGUCAUCUCAACAGCUAAACACGAAUUCUUUGGCGUGGCAAUAACAUCACCUUGGUGGGUGGUCAUCAUCCUGCCUUGCACCAAAGCGGUACCUUCUUGACACCACACUUGAUGUUGGAUGCCUGCCCAAACACCAAACUCCUGUUAUUGUUGAGGGGGAAGGAAAUAAAGAAAUGCAACUAUCAGCAAAAAGACAAAGGCAGACCAGCAGUGCGAUUCCAGCAGCCCCAGUACAUUCUGGUUACAUUCCAUGCGAGUUAAGUCACUAUGGUAAAAUCCUUGGCAGGGUUUUUUUUUUUCAAUAGUUUAUUCAUGAUGUUCAUUAUUAUGAGCUGUAAAGAGUAUGAGAAUUUCAUUUUUUAAAUGUCUUAUGGAAUGUAUCACUUUCUUAGAUCUUGUAGACAUGCUGUGGAAACCAUAACAUAAAAUAUGAGUUACUUACAAUAACUAAUUUUAAUCCCAUCUGCUAAGUAUGACAACAUUAGCAUUUCCACUUAAUUAAAAACACCCUUAAAGCAGCAAUGUUUUAAUCACUCCAUUUUAUUUACUCUCCUCCGGUGUCACUUAUAAUUGUAACUUUUUAUUUUUUAAUAAUGAGGGAUUUUUUUUUCUCUGUGCAUCACACAAAAAAGUGCUGUCGAUAAUUAGCAGUCUUCUGUUAUUACUAGACUCAGGUGUCACAACUGUGUCUCAUCCUCAUUACAGUAAAAAAUUUCACCUAUCAGAUUCAUUAUUGCUAGAUAAUGCGACUGAGAGCCUUAGCAGGCCCUCCAGAAAAGUAAUUCAGCCAAGCAAAAUUAUCAGCUAAUUAUAUUUAGAAUCAAAAGCCCAACAACUAUUUGCAGAUAAAUUGUAUGAAUUGAAGUGAAUAGAUCUGAAUAUUAAGAUUCAUAGAUUUAGCAGAUGAUUUGUUAAUUGGAAUAAAAAGGUCAUUUACUAGCCAUUUUAACAAUAGAUCAAUCGGAACUCUAUUUAUUAUUUAACUAGUAGCGCUUAAGGAUUGAAAUGAAGAAUAAUGGUAUUGUUGAUACGAUACUUUUCUGGAGAAAAGCGUGGAAGUUGCGAAGCGUUUCCCUGUUGUCGUUGGGCUGUUUCCCUGUUGUCUGCGUGCUGGGGAUGCUCUGCCCGGUUCGGUUUGAUCUAUAGGUCGUGGCAUCCCAAAGGUGGACGGUCCAUAGCGAAGGACCUGUCGGAAAACGCGUGUGAACUUCGGAAAGGUAGAAAACGAGCAUGCAAACGAGAUCAUUUGCAAAUGAAAGAAUUCCAAAUUUUAACUCCUAUCCGGCGAACUGCGGAGGCGUUAAAUUCUGAUUUUACUAAUUCAUGGUCCUGAUAGAGGUUUUUGGAAGGGGGGAUUGUGUACUCAAAUGGUGACUCAGAUUGCAUCUUGGCCUGCAGUUUUGUUUUAGGGAGCUGUUCAUUUUUUUUCAUGCAGAUGAUACGAUUAAAAAGCAAAUAUUUUAACAUAACUUAGUGAUCUGAGCUAUUACUGAAAUGUCCACAGUUUCACUGGUGGUUUUUUUUUUCUCCUAGAUUAAAGAAAACUUUAAAAUCUAUUUGCUUUGACAUAUGACACAAUAUUUAAGGACUGAAAUCAUCAAUUAAAUCACACAUCAGAAACAUUUCUCUUUGGUAAAAAAAUAUAGUGCUAGACGAUGUACACUUUGAAAUUGUUGUUAAUGUUUAAAAUGCAAUCUGAAGUGCAUAUGUUAUUUAAAACAAAGCAAUACAAAUUUUAAAAGUUUAUAAAAAAGCAAAAGCAUUUGCAGAGCAAUGUGGUUCUUUGGGUUGUGUGGAUAUGCACAGUUUUCUAGCGUGAAAGCUGAAUAUGUUAUUCUUUAUUGUAUUUUUCCUGUUUAAAACUGAGGAGAUCGAAAGGAAACAGAGUGAGUUCCUUGUGGGUGCCUGUAAUAAAGUACCAAACCCAAUAUGCACGUGAAGGUGGUGAAAACCUUUUGGAUUGUCACUGAAAAUAGAAAAGGUGAAUGUUGACAAGAUAUCAGAUAUAUAUUCUGGGGAUAGAGGGAAAGUGAAGUUAAAAAUAAAGCUCUCGUAUGGUCAACAUGUUGGAGGAAAUUCAAAGCCUCUCAUAAAAUAAACAUAUUUUAAGAAGUG